AUGAAGCUAUGCCCCACAUCCAGUGACAUCCAUCAUCCACACACAUUUAUCCGGCGUGGCAAACCCGUAUCGCACGUUGAAGUCGAAGCAGGCCUUCUCCAUUUCACAAGGGCCGAUGUGGCAGUUCCUGCCGCCGUAUCUCCUAGCACAAGAUGUGCACGUGCACGACCCCGUGGUGCCUCCGACACUGCCACCGUUGACGCAGUAAAACUCCCCGUCGCUCCCAUCCUUGCUCGAGUCCGUGGAGGAAGUGCACGGAUUUGGUUCGCACAUCGCCGUUGUCACUACCCCAAAGCUGCACGACGAUGUCCCCGAUACCGUGUACCCGGUAUCACACGUCGGCUGACACGUCGACCCGCUCGCUAA